AAAAUUUCUAGACUCGCCUGCAUUGACUAAUAAUUAAAAAAAUCUAUUCAAUAAAAUGAAACAGCAGAGCAAGCAAUCGGAGAGAUAAGGCUGUAAAUUUUAUCAUUACCAUAAUUCUAAGCCGUUCUACUAAAUACAUUAAUUCCUGGUUUUUACUUUAAUUAUUUCUUACAUGUAAAUACCUACUUCGGGUUGGAGGGGGCAGAAUUAAUAAGCGGGUUUGUUUUUGAAAACUGGCCACGUGAUUCGUUGUUUCCGAGGGUCUGUAAAUAGUGGGUGGUUUCAAAAACCGGGUAGGUAUAUGAGGGUGUGUGUACAGUCCACUUCGGGAGCAGAGUGACGCCGCUGCUCGAGUAAGAGAACGUCACAGAUGUAUAAAGCGGCAGAAAUGCUUGAAAUGGCCACUGAAGGGACGUCGCCAGCUGAAAAAUCAGCUGGGAAUGAAGCGGAAAUUUCCACUGGAGACAAAUCUGUGUUGCAAGGGGCCCCGGCUAGGACUUCAAAACUGUUCGCACCGACUAUGUACCUGCACGGACACGAAGGGGAAAUUUUUACAGUUGAAUUUCAUCCAGAGGGCCAGCAUUUGGCUUCAUCGGGCUUUGAUAGGCGGAUAUUUAUGUGGAGCGUUUACGGCAACUGCGAGAAUUUGUCCGUAAUGCAUGGUCACACAGGGGCUAUAAUGGAACUGCAUUUCACACCCGAUGGAAGUAAUAUUUUCACAGCGAGCACAGACCAUACUUUGGGUUUGUGGGAUUUGCCAACGGGACAACGGAUUAAAUACUACGAGGGUCACGCUGCUUUUGUUAAUUCAGUACAAGGAGCGAGACGAGGAGCGCAGAUGAUGGUAUCAGGCAGUGAUGAUACAACAGUGAAACUCUGGGACACCCGUACACAACAAACAAUUUCUACGUUCAAUUCCAAUUAUCAGGUGGCUGCCGUCGCGUUUAAUGAUACAGCAGAGCAAAUUUUCGCUGGAGGAAUUGAUAAUGAUAUCACAGUUUGGGAUAUACGGAACCAAGAAAUUAUUUAUACUUUAAAUGGACACAGUGAUGCGGUCACUGGACUGGCUUUAAGUCCAGAUGGGUCAUAUUUACUUUCAAAUUCUAGGGAUAAUAGUUUGAGGAUAUGGGAUGUGAGGCCAUAUGUAUUACAAGAAAGAUGUGUUAAAAUAUGUACAGGACACCGACACAACUUUGAAAAAAAUCUUUUGAGGUGCUCAUGGUCCAAAGAUGGUUCGAAAGUUAGUGCAGGAUCGGCCGAUAGAUUGUUGUAUAUUUGGGACACUGCGUCUGGGAGAACAAUUUAUAAACUGCCUGGACAUAAUGGAAGUGUUAAUGACGUCGAUUUUCAUCCUACUGAACCCAUCGUUUUGUCAGGAGCUAGUGAUAAACAAAUUUAUUUAGGUGAAUUAAAUUAAUUAAUAUCAUAAUUUU